GCGGGACAGCGGGACAUGGCCGGUCAGAUCGCGGUGUUGGGGCUCCUGAUGCUGAGCGCCCAGGGUGGCUUCGGGGCCGGGAGCAGGAUCUGGACUAACAUAGACAAUGACGGCUCCAAAACGCGGCUCACCUGUGCCUUGAAUCACAGUGCCACUGAGAUUGUGGGCCACCGCUGGGUGAAGGGUGGUAAGGUGCUGAAGGAGGAUGCCCUGCCUGACCUGAAGACGGAGUAUGAGGUGGACUCGGAAGACCGCUCAGGCCAGUACUCCUGCAUCUUCCUUCCGGAGCACGCAGGCCGCACCGAUCUGGAAGUGAGGGGACCCCCCAGCAUCAAGGCUGUGAAGAAGUCAGAGCACGCCACAGAGGGGGAGACUGUGAUCCUGGUCUGCAAAUCGGACUCCUUCCCGCCGGUCAUCAACUGGCUGUGGUACAAGGAGAGCAAGUCUGGGGACCAGGUCAUCACCAACAGCACCCAGAGCAAGUUCUUCGUGGUCUCCUCGGAGAGCCGCACAGAGCUGCACAUCCCCAACGUGGACCUGAAGGAGGACCGUGGCCUGUACGUGUGCAACGGCACCAGCUUGGAGGGCACCAGCCAGGCAGCCAUCAGGUUGCGCGUGCGCAGCCGCUACGAUAUUCUUUGGCCCUUGAUGAGCAUCGUGGCCGAGGUGCUUGUGGUGGCCACCAUCAUAUUCAUCUCCGAGAAGAGGCAGAACCCAGACGAGGUCCUGGAUGGUGAGCCGGUGCCACAGUCCCUCCACUCCCUCCUGGGUGGGGGAGCCAGGGCCUCUCCAGGGGGAUGCGCUCCCUUCCCUGUCAGGGAGUCUUCUGGCCCAGGAGACCUCACCUCCCCCCUCCUCUCUUCCUCACUGGGCUGCCUGGUGGGGCAUCCGGGGCCGGGUGCCUGUCUGCAGGGGUGCUCCAGGGUACCAGACCCACCAAGACCCCAGACAGCCCACGCGAGUGUGCCUGUUCCAGUGCGAGAGGCCAGCUAUGGAAUAUGGACAGUGACCCACAGGAGGGCUUGCCCAUGUCCCCACCCCCAGAACCUGUGAGCACAGCGUUAGUGGAACAGGGUCUCUGCAGAUACAGCCAGGCUUAGGAUGUCAAAAUGAGAGUCCUGGAUUCAGGACUGGUCCUUAACCCAGUGACCGACGUCCUUACAGGAGGAUGGCAGAGGGAGGGGAGCCUACGACACAGAUGCGGGGGAUAGGGCUGGGGCCUGCGGCCCCCAGAAACUUGGAGAGAGGUUCUGCUCAGAGCCCCAGAAGGAACCAGCCCACCAGCACCUUGACUUUGGACCUCCAGAACCAGGAGAGAAAACAUUCCUGUGGUUUUCA